AUGCUGCACUUCAUACUAGCCCUUUCUAUCUUUCUUCAUUGUACAGAUGCAGAUCUACAGCCAUAUUUCCAGUCCGCCGGUUAUGACAUGAGCCAGUAUGGUGCCUGGCCAUUACAAUCUUAUCUUUCAUCAAGAAUUUCCGGUCCGAUAUUGAACUAUUGGAACCAAAGUCAGGCCUGCGCAGAUGGAUCCUAUACAUUAAUCGCGCCGCGUGGUGACUCAGUCAGGCAUACUGGGCCAAUGAUUCUGGAUCAAGAUGGAGAUUUGGUAUGGUUCAAGGAGUAUGCGACUACAUACAAUCUCAACAUACAGUCUUUUCGCGGGGAAGACUAUUUGACCUUUUGGGCGGGAAAUGAUGGCAUCGGUGGGCAUGGCGACGGGACAUACUAUAUGCUCAACUCCCAAUACGAAGAAGUUUAUAAGAUCAGAGGUGCAGGUGGUUUACCGGCAGACAUGCACGAGUUUCACAUCACGCGCGAUGACACCGCGGUGUUUGCCCUGUAUGACACGCAACCUGCAGAUCUGCGUGCCGUUGGAGGACCAGAGAAUGGGUGGAUAUACGACGGCCUCGAAGAAAGAGGUAGCUCCAAGGACGUGCCAUGGGACUUCUUCCAUAUCAACAGCAUCGACAAGGAUUUCCGUGGCAACUUCUUGGUCUCAUCCCGCUAUAUGAGUUGUCUCACUUAUGUAGAUGGGCGUACUGGAGAUGUGAUCUGGAGACUAGGCGGGAAACACAACUCCUUUCAGGAAAUGCCGAAUGGCACAGCGACGAAGAUGAAAUGGCAACACCAUGCGAGGUUCCAUACCGAGUCAGGAGUCGGUGACUCAGAUUCUACGCCGAGGCGAUCAAUUACCCUUUUCGACAACUCCUCUCGCGGAAAGGGAGAUGUCGAACGUACCAGCCGUGGGUUGUUCGUCGAUAUCGACGAGCAGAAUAUGACCGUGCAAGUAAGACAUGAAUAUUGGAAUGCAUUGCCUAUCAGUAGCCAGUCACAAGGCUCGCUGCAGGUGCUUGAAAAUGGAAACAUACUAGUUGGGUACGGGUACAAUGCCGCCUGGACCGAAUUCUCCAUGGAUGGGGAAGUGCUGUGCCAGGUGCAUUUUGGACCGGCGGGAGGAUUUGGGAGUGGCAAUAUCAUCUCGUACCGUACAUUCAAGCACCACUGGAUCGGAAAGCCAACUUCCUUCCCAGAUGUGGCCUAUGCGGAGACCCACGUUGCGGUCAGCUGGAGCGGCGCUACGGAAGUAUCGACGUGGGUGCUGGAAGGUACCGAAGAUUUGAACCAUUCGUCAAGCCAAGUUGGAUUUGUGGCUGUUUCUGUCGUACCCAAGACCGGGUUCGAGACUGAUAUCCCUGUUCCUGCCGAUAUGCCUUAUCAACGGUUACGAGUCCUGGCUCUUGACUUGAACGGGGAAGUUUUGUGUCAGACGACCCCCGUGGACUGGAACCCCAAGCAGUUUCGAGAUGAAGUGUUAGUGGUACCGGGCGAUAGCGAGCUUUUGCACCAAGGAGACGAGGGAAAGGUGCUGCUCUUGGUGCUCAUACCCUUGGCUACGGCACUGGCUGGAUAUCUUUUGUGGCUGGGCAGAGAACGUCUUCGCCUCUCCCUAUUAAUGGAAACGCUCCACAGACUGUCUGGUCAGAAAUCCAAGCAUGAAUCGUGGCUCCCACUCAGAUCCUCUGAAGAGUUUGAGGGGGUGGACGGACUGGACGGACUGGAAGAUCUAGAGGAGUUGGGGAGCUUGUCACAUAGUGUCACCACGGGAGGUAUUCUGAAAGGGAGUACAGACCACAGGCUUAAAAAUCAUACCCCUGUCUGA